CUCUCGCUCUCUCUCUAUAGAAACCUCCACUCUCCCCUCUCUCUCUCUCUCUCUUUCUCUCUCCAACCUCCCUCAAUGGCAGAAGAAGAUAACCACCACCAACAACCAGCCACCGAGGAAACCACCACCACCACCACCACCCACCACCUCACCCUCCCACAAGGUCUAACCCAGGACGAGUUCGAAGUCCUAACUCAGUCCAUCACCGAGUUCCACACCUACCGAGUCAAGUCAGGCCAAUGCUCCUCCCUCCUCGCCCGGCGCAUCCAAGCCCCAAACGACGUCGUUUGGUCCAUCCUCCGACGCUUCGACAAGCCCCAAACAUACAAGCAUUUCAUCAAGAGCUGUACCGUCAAGGAAGGUUUUAACAUGACCGUGGGUUGCACGCGUGACGUCAACGUUAUCUCCGGGUUACCGGCUGAUACCAGUACGGAGAGGCUUGAUUUGCUGGACGAUGACCGGCACGUCACAGGGUUCAGUAUUACUGGGGGUGAGCAUCGGCUGAAGAAUUACCGGUCGGUGACGAGCGUGCACGAGUUCGAGCGUGACGGGAGGAUCUGGACCGUUGUUUUGGAAUCGUACGUUGUGGAUGUGCCAGAAGGGAAUACGGAAGCGGACACGCAUCUGUUUGCUGAUACGGUGGUGAGGUUGAAUCUGCAGAAGCUGGCGUCGGUCGCCGAAGGAACGUGACUACGGUGCACAUGGUGCAGUGUACAAAAAAAAGUUGAGAUUGAGCUGAGGUGGUUUGGCGUUUGUUCGGUGUAUUUUCUUCUUGCCAGAAUCUUAUUUUGAAUUUUAUUUUUUUUCCUAAUUAAAUUGUUGGUAAUGUUGUACAUUUACUCUCCAUUUGUUAUUUGUUAUUUGUUUUUUGUUAUUUGUUUUUUAUUUAUUUA